CGUAAAGAAAUGCUUAGAGGAGACCAUCAGGCAAAAGAAGAUGCGCUCUGAGAAAGCACUGAAGUUUAAGGAGAACUUGAAAACCAUUGAGAAGGUGAAUGAACAUUUGAAUGACAUCAUUCAGAUUAUUCGAGCUAAGCUGCAGGCAGUGAGGGACCAGAACGCCAAGAGUCCACACUUGCCAGGUGUUUCGAAGACCAGAUCUGAGGGUUCGAUGCAGCGAGCUAUGACAACUGGAGACUGCAGCCUGGAAGAGGGUAAAAAGAAAAUGCAAGACCACCAUGCUGCAUCGGGAUCUCUGAAAGAACGUGAGGAAGACGGUUUCCAAAGGCAGGUGAAGAAAGUACGCGUCCUUGAUGAAAUCAGUGGACAGAGAACUAUGGACACUGAAGGGAAGGUGGACAUGAACGGAAGUGAGCUAGUGGGAAAGCAGCAGCUGUUGGCAGCAAAGGAGGAGGCAGAAUUGGCUGAAGAGGAGACAAGAUGGUACAAGAUAAGACUUGAAGAAUGUCAUGGGCAAAUGCGGGAAGCAGAGGUCACUUGGAGACACCAGGUCACUCUUGCCGAGAAGAAGGCCCAAGACAGCUCGCUCAGGUCUCAGGAGCUGGAGAGGGAAAUCUCUGAAUUGAGAAGUGAAAACUCUGACCUGAGAAGGGUAAAUUCUGACCUGAGAAGGGAAAACUCCUCUGAGCUGAGAAGGGAAGUUGCCCACCUGAAACAGAGAUUGGAUGCAAUCUGCAGACGGAGGCAGGCAGAGGAAUACAUGAGGCAGGAGCCCACCCCAGGAGGACCGUACAGGCUGCACCCUCCCCUGAGAGCUUCAGGGCGGGGUGGCGCCCCUGUUAGGAAUGGCACCACAUUUCCGGCUCAGGAGGCAGAGGAAACCCAGGCCACCCCGUGGGCCGGAGGGCCCCAACCUUCCCGAGGACCAGCCCGCGUGGCCUGCCCCGAGAGCGGCCCGUCGUCGUCCAGCGGGCCACCUGCACCUGGGCCCCCCUUGAGCCCUGUGCAGCCUCGCCCCCCACCGCCAGCUGCUCCGCUCGAUGGUAUGACAGUGCGCCACGUUGCAGAAGAGAAAGGAAGAGGAUCUUCCUGGGAUGAGGAAGGGGCGACUGAGCCCGAAAUUAAGAACCCAGAAUGCAAAAAGAAAAACAAAAGAAAGAAAAACAAAGGAAAACCAGAAUACGUUACUGGGACGGUGGAAUUUGCUCCAGGGGAGCUAAGAGAUCAUAACACACGGACCUCUGUUGGUGGAGCCAACAGAGCUUAUACACUGGCCGACGCGGGACCUGGCGCGGCUCCGGUGCGGCCCGGCAGCUCCCUGCCGCCUGCGGCGACCCCGGAGGCCCAGGCCACCCCGUGGGCCGGAGGGCCCCAACCUUCCCGAGGACCAGCCCGCGUGGCCUGCCCCGAGAGCGGCCCGUCGUCGUCCAGCGGGCCACCUGCACCUGGGCCCCCCUUGAGCCCUGUGCAGCCUCGCCCCCCACCGCCAGCUGCUCCGCUCGCUCUCUCUUCUGCAAGUCACUGUGGAUUCCAGAGGUCCCAGUACUUGUCCAGGACCACUUGGUGUGCCUCGCCCGAUGGGACACCCAGUGUCACUUCUCAGAGGCUAUUCGUCACCGCCACCCCCACCUCCCUUGUGGCCUAUGCGGUCUCAGCCACCGCCACCCCCACCACCACCAGUUACAGCACUCGUUAA